AUGCACUUCGUUCGAGACUGCACCCAUCGGAGCCACAAAUGCAAGGAUUGCGGCAACAUCGGACAUCGCGAGGGAUAUUGUUCCUCUGCCAAGCGAAAUUUCAAAACCAGCCGAAACAGAAAGCACCCAGGAUCGUUAAAAACAAAAACCGUAAGUCUCCGUAUAAAUACCGUCGAUCAAAAACGCCGUUUUGUUAAAAUUGUACUGAACGGUGUGAAGGUGCGUCUACAGUUGGACACGGGGUCUGACGUUAGCAUCGUAUCGAAACGCUUGUGGGAGAAAAUAGGUAAACCACCCACUGCACCAGUAAAUGAGCUAGCCUCAACAGCAUCAGGCGACCGAUUGCAGUUUUUGUUAAAGUUCAGCUGUCUAGUGUCUUUCAACGGUGAACAACAUCACUGUCAGUUUUACGUGGUCGAAAACCCGCUUUAUCUUUUCGGAAUCGAUUUGAUGGAAGCAUUCGGUCUCUUUUCAUUACCCAUUAGCAUGUACUGCAACAACGUCAGUGUUCCUGCUAUCACUUUGCAGUCACUCAAAGCGGCAUACCCGAGUGUAUUUAGGAACGAGUUAGGGUUGUGCACGAAAACAAAAGUGAAAUUGGAACGGAAACCAGAUGCAACUCCAGUUUUUGGUCCGAAACGUCGAGUGGCUUAUGCAGUACACAGCACGGUUGACAACGAACUUGACCGACUGGAACGAGCAAAAAUCAUCACACCGGUAGACUUUUCGGACUGCGCAGCACCCAUCGUCGUUGUCAGAAAAACGAACGGGUCCAAUCGCAUUUGCGGAGAUUACUCUACAGGUCUCAACAAUGCACUGCAACCGCAUCAGUACCCGUUACCGCUACCGGAGGAGAUUUUCAACAAGUUGGCUAAUUGUACUGUAUUUAGCCGAAUCGACCUGUCGGAUGCGUUCCUGCAAGUAGAGGUUGACGAAAGUAGUCGUGAUUUAUUAACCAUCAACACCCAUCGUGGACUCUACCGGUACAAUCGUCUGCCACCGGGAGUCAAAACAGCACCGGGAGCUUUCCAGCAACUUAUCGAUACAAUGCUGGCAGGUCUUCCUCAUACGUGUGAUUAUUUGGAUGACGUCGUCGUUGGUGGUGUCACUACUGAGACACACUGGGAAAACCUUCGCGCAGUGUUUCAAAGAAUCAGCGAGUUUGGAUUUACCAUCCGAGUGGAAAAGUGCAUCUUCGCUCAGCCUCAAAUCAAAUAUGUAGGUCAUUUGCUUGACCGCAAUGGCCUUCGCCCGGAUCCAGCAAAAGUUCAAGCCAUUAACGAAAUGCCACCGCCCACUGAUGUAUCUGGUGUUCGGUCCUUCCUAGGAGCAAUUAAUUACUACGGAAAAUUUGUUCCUCGUAUGCGCUGUCUGCGGUAUCCUCUUGAUGAGCUGCUCAAAGCGGAUGCGAAAUUCAAGUGGACUGCAGAAUGCCAGGCGGCAUUCAACAAAUUUGAGGAGUUGCUGAAAUCUGACCUACUGUUGACACACUACAACCCUGCACUUGAUAUAGUGGUGUCGGCAGAUGCGUCGUCUGUUGGUGUCGGUGCUACUUUGUCACACAAAUUUCCGGACGGCACUCUCAAAGUUGUAUACCACGCUUCCAGAGCAUUGACAGCGGCAGAGAAAAACUACAGUCAGCCCGAUCGUGAAGGACUUGCGAUAAUUUUUGCGGUGACCAAGUUUCAUAAAAUGCUGUUUGGUCGUCGCUUUCAUCUUCAGACAGAUCACGAGCCGUUGCUGAGAAUCUUCGGUUCAAGGAAAGGGAUUCCUGUUUACACAUCGAACCGAUUACAACGUUGGGCUCUUACGCUGUUGCUUUAUGAGUUCACCAUCGAGCACGUUCCGACAGCGAAAUUCGGCAAUGCUGACAUACUUUCCCGUCUGAUCAGCCAGCACGUCAGGCCUGAGGAAGAUUACGUGAUUGCUUCGGUCUCUCUGGAAAAUGACUUAAGUCUACACAGUCCGAUCCUAUUACCAAGGCAGUUUAUCGUUACCUCCUUGAUGGGUGGCCUAAGACCGUUACCGAUGCAGAGCUCAAAUGGUUUUAUGCUCGACGUGAAUCCCUUACCACGGUACAAGGCUGCAUACUAUUCGGCGAUCGACUGGUUAUACCAUCGCCCCAUCGCAAGCGUAGUCUUCAUCAACUUCAUCGUGGCCACCCUGGAAUUCAGAGAAUGA